CCGUUACCUCCGUCAACCAGGCUGCGAACAUCCAACAGCCAGCUGUCCAAAUAACUGCUUACAUCUGCCUAUGUGCAUCUCUUCUUCUACAAUCUCCUCUCUCUAUGCAUCAUGAAAUACCUUAGGGGCAUUCUGCUGCCCGCCCUGCUGGCUCUCGCGUCCUUAUCAACCGCUAAAAAGGACGCGCCUCUUGUUGAGGAGACCGUGUUCAAGACCGAGCUCGUGAAUCUCUUUUACUUCGACGACUCCGAGGUUGUUCUAUUUGCUGAGUUCGAAACUGGCCUCGUAUACCGCUCUCAAAAUGCCGGCAAGGACUGGGAAAAACCUGGCAUUAAGACCAUAGGCAUUAUCAAGAACCCUUAUGACAACAACGUCGCCAUUGCCCUUGGCGACGGAACACAUCACAUCACUUAUGAUCAAGGUGGAUCAUGGCAGAAGUUUAAAACAGACUGGUUGCCCUCACUCAAUCCUGUUAGUUGGCAUGCGAAAGACAACAAGAAGAUUAUAUUCAAUUCCGCGGAAGAUUGUUUCGGUUUGCCUUGCAUUGGCUUUUCUGUAUAUACUGAUGAUGGUUUCAAAACCCCACCCAAGCCUCUCCGCGACGACCGCAAGCUGUGCAUAUGGGCGAAAGGCUCCGAGCGCUUCCUACAAAACGAUGAGAAACAUGACGACCGUAUAUUAUGCAUUGUAACGGGGAAGUUCUCGCCAAGAGUCAAGGAUUUGAGGCUGCUCAUCACAGAUGAUUAUUUCAAGAGCGAGGACGAGCCAGUCAUGUCUUCUGGCCGGACCGUUUCCGGCAUGGUCAACAUGGCAUCAGUCAAAGGUUACAUUGUUGCAGCUGCCAAGUCUGACCACUCGAGCGAGCUGGGGCUGUAUGUGACCGAUGAUACAGAAACUUGGCAUAGAGCUGAAUUCGGCGAAGGAAAGGUGGAAGAAGACGCAUACACAAUCCUGGAAUCUACAAAUUACAGCAUUCAAGUCGAUGUUAUGAGUUCUAAAGACGUGCCGAUAGGAUCUCUAUAUUCCAGCAAUUCUAAUGGCACGUACUUUACAAAAAUAGUCGACCAUACCAAUCGCAGUCCGGAUGGCUAUGUCGAUUUCGAAAAGAUAGCCAGCAUUCAGGGCGUCUUCCUCGUUAAUGUGGUCGAAAAUUGGAAGGAUAUAUCUGGGCGGAGGUCGGAGAAAAAACUCGCGUCAAGAAUCAGUUUUGAUGAUGGUCGCACACUGGAGCCUCUCAGAGUCAAAGGCAACGAUGGGAAGCUCCAUCUUCACUCUGUUACAAACUUGCAUAAUAGCGGUCGCGUCUUCUCUAGCCCCGCUCCCGGUAUUGUCAUGGGCGUAGGCAAUACUGGGGAAUAUCUCAGAAAAUACGAGGAUGGAGAUCUAUGGGUUUCUGAUGACGCCGGCAUCAGCUGGGAGUUGGCGCUCCAGGAGGCUCACAAAUACGAAUUUGGCGACCAAGGUUCUGUCCUAGUAGCCGUCUAUGAUGAAGGCGAUACCGAUAAGAUCAUGUAUUCUCUUCAGCACGGGCGUCCGGAUACUUGGAAAGAGAUUAAACUCGAUUCCAAAAUCUCUGCUCGUGAACUUACCACGGUCCCGGAUUCGACCAGCCUCAAGUUUGUUCUAUAUGGCUCAAGAACUAAACAGGGCGGUGGUCGUGAGUACGUCAUCAUCCACCUAGAUUUCACCGAACUACAUGAGCGCCAAUGCAAAGACGGAGAUUUUGUGAAAUGGUCUGCUCACAAAGAUGAAAAAGGAGAAGAUACAUGUGUUAUGGGUCACAAGCAGAUUUUCCGCCGGCGGAAGUGGGACGCAGACUGCUUCGUACAAGCGGAUUUCAAAGAACCUGUUGCCGAAUUUGAACCAUGUGAGUGCGACGAAUUCAGGGACUACGAAUGCGACUUCAACUUCAAGCCGAGUGGGGAGGGCAAAGAGAAGGAAUGCAAGCCUUCUGGAGCACUCAAACUACCCGAUGGGGCCUGUAAAGGCGAUGCAAAGACAUACAAAGGAAGCUCGGGAUGGAGAAAAAUCCCAGGCAAUCAAUGUAAAGGGACGACAAAGAAAGACGAACAGCAAGAGCGGCCGUGCGGUGAAGCCUCUUCCCCACCUUCAGACAAUAAGGUUAAAAGUACAAAAUCCAAGUUCAAAGGCGACAAAUUCCGCGAAUACUAUUAUCUAGAACGGGACACAAAGCUCGACAAUGAUAAUGAUGGUGGUAAAGACAAAGAUGAGACAGUUGUGUUGCUCACAAGCGAGUUGGAAGCUUGGAUCUCGCACGAUCAUGGGAAAAACUGGGAGAAAGCAAUUGACGAUGAUAUUGUAGCCAUAUACCCACACCAGUACAACAAUGACCGGGUCUAUUUCCUGACCGCAACCGACAAGGUGUACUAUUCCAAAAACCGGGGAUUGAGGAAGACCAUCAACUCGUUCGAAGCACCACGCAUGCCGAAUACACAAAGAUAUCAGAUAAUGCAAUUUCACCCGGAUACCCAAAAAUCAGACUGGAUCAUCUGGAUUGGUGGCGAGCAUUGCAAGAAGGUUGGGGAUAGGGAAUGCCACACCAUCGCCUCAGUGUCACAGAACAAUGGAAUGGAUUGGAAGAACCUCCUAUCAUACGUCAAGAAAUGUGCAUUUGUCUGGCGCGAGGAAGGCCACGUUGAGAGCGAGAAAUUGGUGUUCUGCGAGCAAUACACAGACGAAGAGAUGGGUGCUCCUCUUCAACUAAUCUCUAGCGAAGACUGGUUCGCAGAGAAAAAUGUCAAGUUCAAGUCUGUCGUCGAGUUCGCCACGAUGUCCGAAUACAUUAUCGUUGCCACUAAAGGAGAGGACGGCAAAUCCCUGAAACUGGAUGCCAGUCUUGAUGGAACGACCUUUGCUGACGCGCAAUUUCCGCCGAAGCUCCAGGUCGACCACCAAACCGCGUAUACGGUUCUGGAUAGCUCUACGCAUUCCGUUUUCCUCCACGUCACUGUAAAUCCAAGAGAAGAUCAGGAGUAUGGGGCCCUUAUCAAGAGCAACAGUAACGGCACAUCCUAUGUCAUGACCCAUAAGCACGUGAAUAGGAAUACAGCGGGCUAUGUUGAUUUUGAAAAGAUGCAAGGCAUUGAGGGGGUGGCUGUCAUCAACACCGUAGCAAACGCAGACAAAGUCGAUGGAGGCGCCAAAAAAGAGAAGAAGACCCUCAUUACUCAUAAUGACGGUGCUGAUUGGGAGGAGCUACAAGCACCAGCGACCGACUCCGAAAACAAAAAGUAUGGCUGUGACACUAGGGAGAAGAAGAAGUGCUCCCUGCAUCUUCAUGGGUAUACCGAGCGGGGUGACCCUAGAGAGACGUACUCUUCUCCUACUGCCGUUGGCGUGAUGCUUGGUGUUGGUAACGUCGGUGAAUCUCUCACGACUUUCGGUGAGGCCUCUACCUUCAUUACUACAGAUGCUGGAAUCACCUGGAGAGAAGUAAAGAAGGGCAAUUAUGCCUGGGAAUUCGGCGAUCAAGGCUCCGUCAUCGUCCUUGUUCGAAGGGGCGAGGACACCAAAAAUCUCUACUAUACAACCACUGCAGGUGAGAAAUGGGAUAUGUUCGAGUUUGCCGAUCACGCCAUCAGAGUGGACGCUAUCACAACGGUACCUAGUGAUACAUCCCUCAAUUUCUUACUCUGGGGCAAAGACGGCAAAGAACUUGUGACCAUCAACGUUGACUUCUCCGGACUGGACGAGUUUCAAAAGAAAUGCGAACUAGACGACAAGGAUCCGCUCAAAGGUGAUUAUGACUUCUGGUCACCAGAACAUCCACUAUUGCCGGAAGGGCAGCAGCAUUGUCUUUUCGGUCACGAGGCACAAUAUCAUCGCAAGAAACGUGACGCAAAGUGCUACAACGGUCAGAAAAUCAGCCAUCUCCACAGCAUUGCGCGCAACUGCACUUGCACCCGGCGAGACUUCGAAUGUGACUACAACUACGAGCGUAAACCUGGUGGCGAGUGCGUUCUUGUCGAAGGUCUUACCCCUGCUGACCCCAAGGAGGUUUGCAAGAACAAGGACGUGCGGGAAUACUGGGACAUCACGGGAUAUCGCAAGAUACCCAUUUCGACUUGUGAGGGCGGGCAGGAUAUGUCGGAGACCGGUGGCGUACACCCGUGCCCUGGCUACGAGGAGGAAUUCCAGAAGAAACAUGGAAUUUCUGGUUUUGGCAUAUUCAUGGCCGUUCUGAUCCCAUUUGUUGCAGCUGGCGGCAUCGGGUACUAUGUCUGGCGAAACUGGGAUGGUAAAUUUGGGCGAAUUAGGCUUGGAGACAGCAACAGUUUCUCGGGUGAGAGCCCCUGGAUUAGUUGGCCUGUCGCAGCUAUCAGUGGCGUUGUUGCAGUUAUUGCAGCUGUACCGCUACUUGUUGGAAGCUUGUGGAAGAUGGUCAGUGGCAGAUUUGGUGGUGGGUACGGAGGCACAAGAUACACGAGCCGGAGUUCAUUCGCUCGGGAUAGGGGAAGGUAUGCGGUUGUUGAUGAAGAUGAAGGCGAACUGCUUGGUGAUGAAAGCGAUGAAGAGGUGUGAUUUUUGGGCAUGUGAGGAGCAUAUGGUUGAGGCACGAGACAUGUUUAUCUGUUGGCGAAGGGUGUAUUAUUAAUUAUAGCAGAGUCUUCUCACAACACGAGCCCAUUAGAUAUGUUAUGGAAUAAUAGACUGUACCAUUCCUAGGGCAUCAUCUCAUGCGACUCGGUUGUCGGGAAUGCCAGCCCCUUCCAAAAGAGAUUAAUAAUUCUGAGAGCAAGUAACAUGUCACUCACUAAUGUUACGGAGCGCUUCUUAUAUAGAAAGACACAUUCGCCAAGCAGAAGGGGUUUUACUAUAUAUGCAGCACAAUUCUUGCAAAUGGGGGUUGGCUAGCUCUGAAAGUACAACCUCUCGCCAUUAGAAUCUACUGCAUGAGUGCAGUCCUUGGGGCUGCAUUUCGCAGAAGUCAAAUUUUAGACUUUCGGUGUGGGAUUAUCAGUAAGCCG